AUGUUGGUACCCAACUUAUUUGAACUUCAUCAAUUUAUAAUCUUAGACUUGUUUUAUGAAGUCGACGAAGCAAGUGAUAAUCAGCACAAAAGAACACAUAAUUCGACUAUCCGACGACCAAGAGGGCCAACCGGCUUUUGUGGCAUUAGUAACCUUGGUGCAACAUGUUACUUAAAUGCGCUAUUACAAACACUCUUCUUGACUCCAGAAUUCCGUAGAAGUAUAUUCAGUAUUGAUAGAAAUGAGUUGGGAGACACUGAUGAAGCUACACAGGUGAUAAAUGUUCGCAAUAUUCCAAUCCAAUUGCGAAAAUUAUUUGCUAGGAUGGUGCAAUUAGAUAUUGACUUUGUUGAUACUGACCGACUGAUCGAAAGUUUUGGAUGGAAUAGCAAUGAUACCUUUCUGCAACAAGAUAUUCAAGAACUUAAUCGCGUUCUAUUUGAUGCGAUCGAACAAUCUUUGUUUGGAACAAACAGCGAGAAAAUUAUUAGAGACUUAUAUAAGGGAACAAUUGUUAAUGAGAUUGAAUGUAAGGAGUGUAAGGCCAUUAGUCGAAGAGAGGAAGGAUUUCUGGAUCUCAGCUUGUCUAUUGCUGAUGUAUCGACAUUGGAUGGUGCGCUAUCUAGAUAUUUUCUGGGGUAUGAGCUUAUGUUUGGAGACAAUAAAUACUAUUGUGAAGGAUGCGGUAAACACGUUGAUGCAGAAAAGAGCUGUCGUCUAUUAAAGAUACCACCAAUUUUGACAAUAUCAUUACUACGAUUUUACUACGAUAGUCGCAUUGGUAAUUAUAAGAAGGAUACGAAAAGAUUUUCAUUUCCGCGAAAACUUAACAUGAGCUCAUUUUGUAAGACUACGGAUAAAGAUAGCAUUUACGAAUUGUACUCGGUUAUAAUCCAUCGGGGGAAACUUACAGGUGGACAUUAUCAUUGUUUUACUGAAGAUAUCUGUAACAUGGGGAAAUGGAAUAUUUCGGAAGAUUCUACUAGUGUUACAGAAAGUAAAGAUAGUAAUCCUACCUCUAACAUAGACUUUAUGGAUUUGUAUGAUCCUUUACAAAUAUUAAUCGCAAUAGUUGAUUGCAUGGGUCGUGUUAAUGUACCUAUCGAUAUCAUAGGACAGAAAUUAACAAAGGAAACUGGAUCUUCCUGGAAUAACCGUUUUCGUAGAAAAUAUGGACCGAUCAAAAAGUUCUUAGGUAACCAUUCAGACGUAUUUUCCUUAAAUGACGAUUUAGUCUCUUUGAUUAGCGCACACAAUACCGAAGAGACUUCAGAGAUCGUUGACAAUCAACAUUUAAGGUUUACCACUUCAUUAAAUGCUUUAUUUUUACGCAGUGAUGAACGACACUGGUUUGAUUUCAAUGACCUAUCAGUUACUCCUAUUUCGUAUGAUAUGGUUGAGAAGAAAUAUUCGGGUAGUGAAUCAGCAUACAUGUUAUUCUAUCGG